AUGCAAGAUGAUAAAUAUUAUAUGAAUGAAGCCUUAAAGAUGGGACAAGAAGCUUUAAAUAUAGGAGAAGUUCCUGUUGGUUGUGUUGUAAUUAAUUCAAAAGGUGAAAUUGUUGCAAAAGGAAGAAAUCAUACAAAAGAAUUUCAAGAUGGAACUCAACAUGCUGAAAUAGUUUGUAUUAAUCAAUUAGUUGAAAAACAUAUUCGUUUAAAUGAAUGUAUCCUUUACGUAACAUGUGAGCCAUGUAUUAUGUGUGCAGAAGCAUUAAAACAAUGUGGAAUUACAAAAAUUAUUUAUGGAUGUUCUAAUGCUAGAUUUGGUGGAUGUGGAUCUGUUAUGACAGUAAUUAAAUCAAGUCCCUAUAAAUCAAGUCAUGAAAUAAAUUAUUGUUACCAUUCAUUAAUGGGACUAGAGGGAUUAGAAUUAUUAAAAUGUUUUUUCUCAAUGGAGAAUGAAAAAGCACCAGAACCAAAUAAAAAGAGAAAAAAAGAAGAAAAAUAA